CAGCUAGGCUGUAUUGCCAGCAAAUGAAACCCAAUCUUUCAAUAUGCUAUCACUCUUCAGAAACCACAAAUCCAAAGCAAAAGAGGGCUUCUUCCAGAAGAAUGGAGCUACCAUAUUGGAACAGCUCAUUCAUGAUUUCAAUGGUAAUUGUAAUCCGAUUCAAUUGUACUCCGCAGAAGAGCUCAAGAAGGCAACAAAUGACUACCACAGUGAUGACGGAAUGAGAUAUGACGGUUGGAACUUCGGAGUGUACAAAGGAGUUCAUGGAGGUCGUGAAAUUUUGGUGAAAAUUUUCGGAGAAAGAUCAAACUACAGGAGUAGUGAAUUUUUAAUUGCAACUGAACUUGCAGUUUCUUCAAACAUGAGCAAUCACAAGAACGUUUUGAAGCUCUUGGGAUGUUGCCUUGAGACGGAGUUGGCCACUCUGGUUUUUGAAUUCCCAGCAAAAGGAAAUCUCCCUCGUCACAUUUAUGGAGAUAAUGCACAAUCACUGCCAUGGAAGACCAAGUUAAAGAUCGCAAUUGAAGUAGCAGAUGCAGUUUCAUAUCUUCACCACGGCUCUUCCAAGGUGUUCAUUCAUAGGAAUAUUAGAACUGAAAAUAUCUUCCUGGACCAGGACUGCGUCGCCAAGCUGUCGGAUUUCCAAGUGUCACUACCAAUUCCUUUGGACCAAGACCAUGUACUUUCCGAAUGUCUCAGUUUCUUAGGGCACUUAUCUCCAGAAGUACUGAUGUAUAAUCGUUAUACAGAGAAAAGUGACGUCUUUAACUUGGGGAUGAUAAUAUGCGAAAUUUUGACAGGAAAGAAAAGUUAUGAGCUACUAAGACUUCGGUCUUCUGGGGAUUCGAAGGAACUGGAAAACAUUAUGGAGGGAAAUUUACUGCAUGAGAGCAACAUGAGGCAAGUAACAGAAUGCAGCAAGCUCGCAGUAAGGUGUCUCGACUCAGAUCCUAAUGCAAGACCCACGGCGCAAGAAGUCUCACAGACACUCAGAUCGAUCAAAAGGUUCCAGCUUUAAAUAUUUCUCCGUCCCUUGUGUUAUUCUUAUGUUGAUUAGUUCAGCUCCCCAAGUCAACAAGACAGAUUAAAAACAACUAAUGUAUGUAAUUAAGAAUUAAUAAUGAAAUGUCAACAUGUUUGAGGAAAAUUGUUUUCCUUCAAUACUGAAAUGUCAACAUGUUUGGUCACUGUCGUAUUAGUUCAGAGCUGGGGCUGUAGUUUAUAAGCAACUGAAGAAUUGAGCUUUGAGACUCAAGACAGUUGACAUGGCCACUCUUCUAUCUGUAAGAUGGAGGAUUGCGAUUUUAUGAAAUUUACAUAACCUCACACUGUAAUUUUUAGAUCGAUUGGUAUAUAGCUUUCGAAUUCUACUGCU